CUUACCCAGAUCUUAUCGUCGACGACGUGCACGGAGAUGUGAUAUCGGACUCCACCCUUCCUUUCUUCGUUCCCUCCUCCAUCUCGUCCUCGACGUCGUCCAGCGUCCUCUGCUCACUGCCAGCACGGCGUCCACAACUUCUUCAAGCUGUCACAACAUCCAUCACCAUCAUUUCACCUGCAACGUGCAUACAACCACUUAGCGCCGUCUACCACCACCAUCCUCGUCCCUAUCCUUGACGAUGCCUGUCCCGAUUCCCGUUCCCUUGCGCACCAAUGCCAAUAUGCGCCUUGAGGCAAAGUACAAUGUCAUCACAGAGUUCCCCAGCUUCGACUUGCAUUCCGCUGCGGCGACGGGCAAUAUGGGUCUCGUGGAGUACGCUCUGGCUCGUGGGCAGCCAAUCAACUCCGUUCUCGAUGGUGUUCUUCCGCUUCACGCUGCUUGUGCGGGGGGGAAUGAGCAGGUCGUCAAGCUUUUGAUUGAACAUGGUGCGGACGUCAAUGCCCCAAGGCUACCGCGCCGAUAUUCAAAUGAGAAAAAUCGAGAUGCCUCCGCUCCCAUCGUCGGUACUUCUGGGUCCACGCCUCUCCAUUUUGCAGCUGCCAACGGCAACACCAACAUCGUUACCACCUUGUUGCUCAAAGGAGCUCACCCCGACCGCUCUGACAAGCACGGUGUUACAGCAGAAAUGCUUGCACGUCAAAAUGGCUGGUUGGAGUGCGCUGAGGUUCUGAAGACAUGGAUGCAAAAUAAAGAUAAAGAUCUUUUGGAGCGUGAGGUCCAUGGUGUCGCCGAGAGCAGUCGGUCGGGGCGGGAUAGACAAGGCUCCUUUGGCACCGACAUUGACGCCCUCAUAAGCUCUCGCAGACGCAUCAACGUGAAACGUUCCAUGGACACUGCUCUCAGCAUGCUUAAAGUGUCUUCUUCGGGUCUAUCUGACACAUAUCACAGGCAAACGCCUGAUUCUUCGUCGAUGCCCCCUUCUCCCAUACAACCGGGCGAAUACUCCCAUUCUUUUGAUGGUGGGCGCCGCUACAGUCCCAGUCACAGUCCCAGUCCCAGUCCCAUCGAACCUGGCUCUCGACGUCCAUCACUGCCAUAUAUAUAUCAAUCUCAUCCUACUGGUUCUUCGCGACGCCACAAAUCUCCAACACCAAGCAAAGGGCCUCCCAGCCCUCGGCGGCCUCGCUCCGCCGGCACGGGGGCAGAGAACUCGGAUGCCAAUUUGCCGAGAAGCGGCAAGAGGCUGGGUACCAAGUAUUCUUUGAUGAACAUAUUCAAGAAGAACCAAGCGGGGGAGUCUACAUCGUCAUUUGAACGCAUACCAUCACAGCCAGCUUCGAUCGCAUCAAUCUCAAAUUUAGCUAUAGCCUCAGUUUCGAUCACCAGCACCCCAAGAUCUAUCCUUCCGUCCUCGUCGCCUUCUGGCGGUGAUAUGCCUACAUCGGGCUCUCCUUUCUCAGUUAAUGAGCGCCGUUUCCGCAUGGGCAGUGAUGCCUCCCUUACUCGUCCUUCAAUAACACACACUCACCAACGAGGUUCACCUUCCCUCAGUCCCCAGCUUCCUGCACCAUCCGCAAUUGACCUACAUAACGCACUAGCUCAUCACCAGCAAAACAUGACCAGAGAUCGUGCCGGUUCAGCAAGCAGUGCUAAUCGUUCUGAACCGCCGGGCCUGGGCCUCACCUUCGAAACCAGUUCAGGUGAGGUGUCGGGUAGUCCGGCUUCAAGAGGCAUAUUGCGCACCAGAGCGUCGUCGCAGCUUGGUCAUUCAAGACAGCGUUCAGGCUCCGCCAACCGAAGCGGCACAGUCUUUGACGACGUCGUGGUUAUUCCUGGAUCGGAAGAUCGACCUCCCAGUACUCAGGGAAAGACAACAAGGCCUAGUAUCUUGCGAGCACAUAACCGCAGCCCGUCCUCGGGGCAAAGCAGUGGUCUUCCUUCGAGUCUCAGAGCACUCCGAUUUGAUUCUUCAUCCAGCAAUGGUAGGGAGGGAAGUCCAUCAUUGCGUGGAAGUAACAGUACGAACUCUUUGGUCAGAUUCGUCGACAGAGUCGGAGAUGUGCCCAUACGACCGGGCAGUUCAGCGUCUUCGCAUGAUAAAACCAAAGAAUCACUUCCUGAUUCAGCACCCCCUACCAUGACCGACUUUCCGAAUUUCUCCCCAAGAAGCGAUCAUCAAGUAGAUGACGACGAGCAAGAUUAUGGUCGAACGUACGACCAUCCCUCACUGAAGUCUGAGAUCCAGACCAGGGAACGAGAUGGCUCAACGGCCUCUAUAUCGAGUACAGAGUUCCCAUUCAGCAUCAAUCGUCCACCGCCUGACCCGUUGGAAGAGGUCGCCAAACGUUCAUCUGAGGAUAGUCGUGAUAGAGGUGACUCUGUCAGCAGCACGAGUACUAAUCCAAAUUUGAGUACGAGCGGCACGACGAGCGGCAGCGGGGACAGCGCUACGGCUACGCCUCCCUUAGAUCCAAGCUAUCUGGAGACAGGGUCAGAAGGGGAGCUGAAGGUUUUCGUUGAUGAGCCACGGGAUGAAUUCGAUCGCUCUUUAGGGGACAGUGACUCGCCUGGUCUCGAUAUGCUGGAGUGUGGGGCUUGCUCGCCGUUAGAAAUCGAUCUUAGUUCCAUAUCCUCGCAUGCGCAGGCAGAGGCGCUCGUCCAACGGGCUCAGCGGGAUAUCUUGGAGAUGGUGCAAGAAGAAGAUCAUGAUACGACUUCCAAGAUGCCACUGAGUGCGAGGUUGGCUGCGUACGGGGAAAGUCUGGCUUUGGAGAGAAGGUUAAGAGAGCAAAAGGAAGGAGAUGAUCCCUUGAGCAGUCUGAAUCCUACCUCCGUGAAAUCCAGAUCCUUCGUGAAUCGACAACGUAGUAUGGAAGGUAGCCUGGCCUCAACACCUGUGCGGUCCAGAUUCCGGCGCCCACAUACCAGUGAUGGUACAUCUUCAAACGAAAGCAUUCCUACCUCUACGCACAGUCUUGAAGGUUCUAGAGCGAAGCACCACACAUCUCGGUCUGCUUCAACUGUGGAAGCCUUUGCAUCUAAUGCGUCACCUGCCCGAUUGCCUGCUGGAUCCAUGUAUAAACAGCCUAUACCCCUUGCUAAUAUCGUACCUCGUAACCAGGAACAACUCAGUCGCGUCAGCUCCUUCGAUGGUGCUGACACCGAUAUUGAGCUUGGACCUGCGCUGUUCCGCGUGUCUACUGCACCCCAUCCCCUUCUCCCGUCGUCCGUACCAAAGGCAAAACGCGAACAAGCUCGUCAUCUCGCAAGUGCGAACAAACUAACAAGGAUGGGGUUCUCACGUAGCGAUACGGUGGCCAAGUCGCCUCCUUCGAGUAAACGUUUUGGUGGACUGAAGAAGUCGUUGAUGCAAACUUUUAAAGGAAAGCAAUGAUUGCCCACUCAUCGUAUAUAUCAUGGUUCAUUUUUCUCCUAUCGUUCUCUGUAACAACAAUCGUCUUUUCAUCUUGUGUAUCGGUUGCUGUAUCCGCUCAAGUCUUCAUCUCCACAUCGUCUGUGCCCGCCCUGCAUUGUUAUCGGUUCAUUAUAUUCUUCUCCUUUGUACCUCUUGUAUGAUUUUCAACACACCCCUCGCAUAUUUUGUUGCUUCAUCAGGUUUCUUGAGUCCAAUCCUAUAUAUUAGUUGUCAGCAACUGUAGGCUCAAUUUAAGAAGCCCUCGACGUGAGUGCCCCAACUCACAAAGUUACCUUUGGAGCCUGAAGGUGUAGAUUUUACUGAACAUGAUAAUGGCAUUUUU